AUGCCAUUCGGUAUCAAUAAUCCCAUUCCUCGUGAUCUAAACUCCGAGACGAAAAAAGCGACAAAUGUCCUCGCCAGUUUCGUGAAACCAAAUCAAGUCCUCGGAGCAGACCAAGUGAUCCCACCUAGUGUACUUAGGAGAGCCAAGGGUCUAGCCAUAAUUACUGUACUCAAAGCUGGGUUUCUCUUCUCUGGGAGAGCUGGAUCAGGAGUUAUUGUUGCUAGAUUGAGAGAUGGUUCAUGGUCCGCUCCUGCUGCUAUUGCUAUGGCUGGUGCAGGGGCUGGUGGUCUUGUUGGGGUAGAGUUGACUGAUUUUGUCUUUAUUUUAAAUUCUGAUGAAGCCGUGAGGUCCUUCACAGAAUUUGGAACGUUGACUUUUGGUGGGAACGUUUCAGUGGCUGCUGGUCCCCUUGGUAGAAAUGCAGAGGCAGAUGCUUCUGCUUCCAUGGGUGGCGUGGCUGCUGUUUUCUCUUAUUCCAAGACAAAAGGGUUAUUUGCUGGGAUAUCAGUGGAAGGAUCUGCCAUUGUGGAAAGAAGAGAAACUAAUAGGAAGAUUUAUGGUGAUAAUUGUACCUCAAAAUUAAUAUUGGCGGGGAAAGUUCGACCUCCACCAAUGGCAAAUAAACUUUAUAAAAUUUUAGAUUCAAGAGCUUUCAACUUCGGAGAUGGAGACUCCAUAGAUAAUGAUUCGGAAUUUUAUGGUGAUAUACCUGAUUCAUUCAGUUCUUCAGAUGAAUCAGAUUAUGAUAGAGGUUAUAAUAAUAGACCCCGUUCAAGUAGAUAUGAUAAUUAUGAUGAUUAUGAUGACGAUGAUGAUAGAUAUUCCAAUAGAAACCAUCAUGACCGCGAUAGAUACGAUGAUAGGGACUAUCAUAGAAAAGAACAUGAUGAAGGUAGGAUACCAAGAUCGAGGUCACACUGGCAAGAUUCUACUUACGAUAGAUCUUCCCAUGCCUACACCUCUUCUCGAAACAGGGACGAAUAUAGUGGUUAUAGACAUGAUAGAUCCGAGAGAGACCCUGAUGUAGCGAACUUGUCUAAACAGUUGGCAAAUUCUAAAGUUAGUCCUUCAUCUCCUUCAAUUGGACUAGAGAAGGCAGAAAAAGUUGUAGCCUUAUACACUUUUGUAGGUGAACAAAAGGGAGAUUUGGCGUUCAAGAAAGGUGAUAUUAUUACAGUCAUUAAAAAGACUAAAUCACAAGACGAUUGGUGGACAGGGAAACUGGGAAAUAAAGAGGGGAUAUUCCCUGCUAAUUAUGUAGAACUAGUUUAA